AUGGAAUCAAAUCAAGAUAUUUCAACUACUACCACUACUGCACCAGUUGUUCAAGUUUCUACAUUCAAAACAAAGGCAUCACUCGCUCAAAUGUUAAAGGGUGGUGUUAUUAUGGAUGUAGUUACUCCGGAGCAAGCUAGAAUCGCAGAGGAAGCUGGUGCCGUCGCCGUCAUGGCAUUGGAGAAGAUCCCAGCUGAUAUUAGACAUUUCGGUGGUGUCGCUCGUAUGAGUGAUCCACAUAUGAUCAAGGGUAUUAUGGAGGCCGUCACCAUUCCAGUUAUGGCCAAGGUUCGUAUCGGACACUUUGUAGAGGCUCAGAUUAUCCAGGCGAUCGGAGUAGACUACAUCGACGAAUCGGAAGUUCUAACUAUUGCCGACGAGGAGAAUCACAUCAAUAAGAAUAAGUUUGACGUUCCAUUCGUUUGUGGAUGUCGUAAUUUGGGAGAGGCAUUGCGUCGUAUUGCCGAGGGUGCAGCGAUGAUUCGUACCAAGGGAGAAGCCGGUACUGGUAACGUUGUUGAGGCCGUUCGUCACGCACGUUCAGUGAACCGUGAGAUCAAGCGUUUGACUACAAUGGACGACGACGAGCUCUACAGCUACGCCAAAGAGAUUCAAGCACCGUUGGAGUUGGUCAAGGAGGUCAAGAGAUUGGGUCGUUUGCCAGUGGUCAACUUUGCUGCCGGUGGUGUUGCUACACCAGCCGACGCUGCAUUGAUGAUGCAACUUGGUAUGGAUGGUGUAUUCGUAGGAUCUGGAAUCUUCAAGAGUGGUGACCCAAUCAAGCGUGCCAAGGCAAUCGUACAAGCCGUCACUCACUUCAACGAUCCAGCUAAAAUCGCUGAACUCUCUGAGAAUCUCGGUGAAGCAAUGGUUGGAAUCAACACUGACAAUAUCAAAGAAGAAUGGGCAAAGAAAGAGAAAUAA